AUGGUCCUGCUUGCGGCCAUCGAUCAAGGAACUUCCAGCAGCCGCUUCCUCAUAUUUGAGGCUGACACUGGAGAGCUAGUGACAAGCCAUCAGAUCGAGGUGCGGCAGCUGUUUCCAAACCCGGGAUGGGUGGAAAUGGAUCCUACUGAGAUCAUUGAAACAGUCAAAGAAUGCAUAGUUAAAGUUGUCGAGAAGCUUGAACGCCUCGGCAUUUCGGCCGAUGAGAUCAAAUCCAUCGGUAUAGCUAAUCAACGAGAAACUACCGUAGUUUGGGAUAAAGAAACGGGAGAACCGCUGCACAAUGCAAUCGUGUGGUUGGACAAUCGAACAUCAGAUCUUGCCGAAGAAAGCAUUGCAAGAACUAACUCCAAGUACGGUAGCAACCUCUCUAAGGACUACGGUAACUUGAACACUAUUAUUUACAAAGUGCUUUUCAGGUCCAAGGACGAGUUCAAAGAGAAGACCGGUUUGCCAAUCCAUCCGUACUUCAGUGCCCUGAAGUUACGGUGGUUAAUGCAGAAUGUUGACGCUGUUAGACAAGCCCAGGAGAAUGGCCGAUUGCUCUUUGGAACCGUCGAUACUUGGCUUAUUUGGAAGCUGACCGGACGGCACGUCACAGAUGUGUCCAACGCCUCCAGAACCCUUCUACUAGAUCUGCACAAGCGCAAGUGGUCAUCGCAGCUCUGUAAUUUCUUCGAGAUCCCUUCUGAUAUCCUACCAGAGAUAAAAUCUAGCGCGGAGGUUUACGGCACUAUCACUGAAGGUCCUUUACAAGGCUUCCCUAUUGCUGGCUGCUUGGGCGACCAACAAGCCGCACUGGUUGGUCACAACUGUUUGAAGAAAGGAGACACGAAGAAUACCUAUGGAACGGGCACAUUCAUGCUGACCAACAUAGGUACGGAAGUCACCAUCAGCAAGAACGGCCUGCUAACGACAGUUGGUUUCCAGUUCGGUGCCGAUUCGCCAGUCGUGUAUGCGUUGGAGGGUUCGGGUUCAAUCGGAGGAAAUGUUGUCCGUUUCCUGCGCGACAAUUUCAAUUUCAUCAAGGACGCUUCCGAAAUGGAACCGCUCUGCCGGUCAGUGGAGACCACAGAGGGAGUCAUAUUCGUGCCAUGUUUUACCGGUCUGUACACUCCUUACUGGGAUCCAACGGCACGGGGAACCAUCCUUGGCCUUACACAGGUGACAUCUCGUGCUCACAUUUGCCUUGCUGCCCUUCGAGCAGUUGCAUACCAAAGUGCCGAGAUGAUCAAAGCAGUGGAACAGGACCUUGGCGACAGCAACUUGGUCAAGGCCCUCAAGACUGACGGAGGUAUGACUGCCAACGUGCUUUUCAACGAAAUCCAAGCGGAAAUCAUUGGAAAAGAAAUCAAAACCCCGAAAGUCACUGAAAUCUCCGGUUGGGGAGCGGCUGUUGCGGGAGGCAUCGGUGCCCAACAGAUCAGCCUUGACGAAUUUGCUGCUCGAGAACCACCGGCUACUACCUACGUGCCACAUUCGGAUGAGGAACGACGAGCAGCCGAUUUGGACCGAUGGAGAGAUGCUGUGAACAGGGCACGUGGCUGGGCUCAAGCAGCGAAAUAA